AUGAAGUUCUCCAUCGCUGCUGCUGGCCUCUUCUUGGCUAUCUCCUCGUUCGCAAGCGCCGAGUCAACCUCGACCAUCACCACCACCCACACCAUCACCGAGACCAUUAUCCGCGCCGCCACCGUCACCGCUUCUAGCAGACCUGCAUCGACUCCUGCUGUCUCGCCUUCUUCUACUCCCUCGCGCUCACCUUCCAGCAGCGUGGUUUCUCCUGCUUCGACUGGUGUUUCAGGCACCACCACUUCGCCUUCCGUUCCCCUCUCCACCAACUCCAAUGCCGCCGUGCCCUUGGCAGGCAGCGUUCCUGCUGCUCUUGUUGCUGGAUCAUUCGCUGCCUUGCUUGCUGUUCUCUAA